AACAACCUUGCUGAGGACCCUGGUGUGCAGACCCCCUUUGUGCAGAAAGUGGAUACAAUGGAUAACGUAGAUACUAUCAGCACCAGCCUUGACUCAACCUCGUACCCCUAUGAUUAUGACUACGAUGAACUCUGCAACAAAACAGGUGUCAUCCAAUUUGGAGCAAUCUUCACUCCAGUCUUUUUCUCCAUUGUGGUGAUUCUCAGCAUCUUUGGCAACAUCCUGGUCCUCGUGGUGCUGGUCAAGUUUGAGAAUUUGAAAUCCCUCACCAACACCUUCAUCCUGAAUCUGGCUGUAUCAGAUCUCUUCUUCACAGCUUCUCUGCCCUUCUGGGCCUACUACAACAUGCAUGGAUGGACCUUAGGGGAGCAUGCAUGCAAAAUAGUGAACUUUAUCUUCUGUCUUGGAUUCUACAGCAGCGGUAUCCUCCUCAUCCUGAUGACUGCUCACCGCUAUAUAGCUGUUAUAAAUCCUCUGUCUGACAUUGUUUCCACCACGGGGUAUUACAGUAUUGUAGCAUCUGCGAUCAUUUGGGUCGUUAGCAUCCUGGUUUCCAGUCUAGCUUUUGCUUCCACCAAAGUUGCAGAGUCAAAGUACUGUGUAUAUGCAGAUUCUUAUUGGAGCUUGUGGGGAAUCUACCAGCAAAACAUCCUCUUUCUAAUUACCUCAGUGGUAUUCAUGUUUUGCUACACUCAUAUCAUGUGCAGGUUGCUUCAUCCUGUGCAAAGAAGACGAAACAAAACUUUGAAACUAAUUUUUAUUCUCAUGGUUGUUUUCCUUGUUGGAUGGGUACCUUACAAUUUAGUGAUAUUUCUGCAGUCCUUUUCCUACUGGCCCAGAGAAAGUGACUCAUUAGGGGAAGAUUGUCAAUAUAGCAAAAAUCUGGAUUAUGCGCUUGAGAUUACUCGACUUUUUGCCUUUUCACAAUGCUGCCUUAACCCCGUGUUUUAUGUGUUUGUGGGGGUUAAAUUCAAAACCCAUUUGAAGAAAAUGCUAAAGAGCUUGGGCCGCAAAAAAAACAAUAACAGCUUUCGCAACAGACAAAACUGGCACACAAUAAUAUCGAUAACAAGUGGUGAAGAGUUGUCACAGGUACCUUGAUAUUGUAAAAAAACAGAACUAAUACAUCUUGUUCAUUAACAUAGUUGAUUCUCAAAAUGUCUCAAACGGAUUUCAUUGUUCUUUUGAAUCUGGGUUCACUUGGGAAUGAACUGCCAAUAUGUUUUUCCAAAAUGAUUUCCCCCAAUGUUGGUGCUUUUUACAACCAUUUUCUGACUCUUCUUUAAAAUUACUGAUCAGUAACCUAUAUCAAUGCAGCAUAACGGCUUAUUUUCAUCAGAUUAUUGCUUGCCUUUUAUUAUUCAGUCAAAUAUGUUUAUAUUAACAUUCACUAAAUAACAUUAAAUAAAAAAUAAAAUGCCAAAAAUAGACUGAGCAACAUAACCUGCUACUUCUUUGUGAAACUGCAUUUGGUUUCCUAAUGUCUUUAGCCAUCAGUGAUCAAAGUAUGCACACAUAUUCAAGAGGUUUAUUGUCAUCAUAAACAUCAUAAUGGAGUGUGGUCUAUAUGAUUUCAAACCAGAAGAGCUGGUUUGACUGUCUCAGAAACUUUUUGAGAUAUCUGGGAUUAAGACUUAUGUUUCUGGAGUUUACAGAUAAUGGUAUAAAAAAAAAAGCACAAAUUGAAAUGACUGGCAGUUACUAAUAACAGAAACUGACUUUUUAAUGCAAAGUCUGAGUAAAAUAUUAUAGAGCUGUUCAUCCUGCCAAACCUAUGAUCGUAACUCAAACAGCCUCAUUCAGAUGAUUGGAUCAUAAAGACUUCAAGUUGUUCUGGGGUCAGAGUGCAGUUGUGUAAUUUACUGGAAAGGUGCAACUGAAACAAGAAGAAUAGAAAAGUGGGAAACUUCUGUUUAACAU